AUGGGAAAAUCCAAGAAAGCAAAAGCUAAAAGAGCUGAUUUUAACAAACAAAAACUCAAAGUUGGCAAAUCGAAACAAUUGCCAAACAAUUUUACAGACACAAGUUUUAGGUCGAAGACCCUUGUUUUACCUACUCAAGCUACAAUUGAAAAAGAAGAAUUUACGCAUGAUGCCAAAGACCGUGCUCAAUUCUCACAUCUGAUUGGGAUGUUGAAACACCAUAACGCGUCUCAAAGACAAGAAUCGUUGGACAAACUAUCCCAUUAUGUUUUGUCACAUCCUGGAUUAUUGACAACGUCUACGUCUUUGCUGGCAAAGGUUACGUCUCCGCUUAUCCUUGACGAAUCGGCCCAAGUGCGAGAAAGUCUGUAUCAAUUUUUUCUAAAAGUGAUGUUUACCAUAGACCCCAAUCUUUUAGAACCCAAUGUUGGUAUUAUGUUUUUGUAUACCCACUCAGGAAUGACACAUAUCACUCCUUCUAUCAGAAACGACUCAACUCGGUAUCUUUCACUCAUUUUAAAAGCUUGCAGAAACAAACUGAGUUCUUCUGUACUUUCCCUUCAUUGGAGGAAAACUUUAGAAUGCUUUUCUAGUUUACUUGGUUGGAGUACCGAUUCAGCAUCAGUAAAAAGAACGUCUGUUUUUUCUAAAAAAUCUACUACUAAUUUAAUCCGUCACAUAAGUGUCUGCAAUGAAUUUUUACAUUUAGGAAUUGAUCCAAAUUGUCAGUCAAAAACUGCUCGAUCUGCUAUCCAUUUGGAUUAUCCUUAUAUGGAACAAAACAUAGUGGUUCACCCCCAGUAUGACCAAUUACGAACGCCGAGCUCGUUUUCAUAUCUUUCACUUUUUAGUGCAAGCAAACAUGAUCUUGUUGAUAACCCUCAAUUUCGAUUUCAAAAUAUGCUUCCAUUUAUUCCCGGACUUUUAGAUUUCACUAGGGAUGCGUGGUCUGAUGCUUGUCCUAUAGUUAAGGAUUUCCGGACAGGUUCAGGCUCUUCAAAAAUCUGUCAAACAGUACUUUCUAUUUUGGACGUCCUAGUAAAUUAUAUACUCGCGUCUUCGUUCGAAGAGGAUCACUUGAAGAAACAAUUUAUGAAGAUUUUUGAAAAAAUAGAUCGCGAAUCAGGCUUGUUACAAGCUAAUUUUGCGGCAGAACAAGAAUGGAAAAGCAUUAUUAAUCAGUUUGAGCGGUUUAAAAAGAAGGUUGAUGAUUUGGAAGAAGAAUGA